AUGGAUGCUCAGGCACUCGCGACAGUUCUAAGAGAGUUCUCAUUAGCAAAUCAAGAAUUUUUUGAGAAAAUAUUAAACAAAAAUGAAGAAGUAUUGAGAAGCGUGAUUAACGGGAAAAAAUCCGCUAAUUCAACUCCAACCUUUCGACGGUUUGAGAAAAAUGUUGAAAAGUGGUCGAUAUAUAUUCAGCAGAUGCAUCAACAUUUUGUGGCACAUCAAGUGAAAGACGAUGUAUUAAAACGCGCAUGUUUCCUUUCGUGGAUAGAUACAGAGACCUUUGAACUUAUUCAAAAGUUAUGUGACAAUAAUAUAGAGAAUAAGUCUUUUGGUGAACUACUAGCAAAAUUGGAUAAUCAUUUUGCGGAAAAACAGCAUAUAUUAGCAGCACGUUUUAAAUUUCAUUUAAUACGAAUGAAAGCAAAUCAAUCAUAUGCUGAGUGGGUGGCAGAACUGCGUGGUGCGGCUAAAGAGUGCAUGUUCCUAUGUACUAGUGAAACUUGCCAGCAAUCGUUUAUAGAUAAUUGUAUACGAGAUAUGGUUGUGAUACACACACCACACGAUAAAGUCCGUAGUGCCGCGUUGCAGAAAACAAACCUAUCGCUAGAGGAAGUACUGCAGAUAGCAGCAAUAUAUGAAGCAACGGUUAAAACUUGUAACGAAAUUAGAGGUGAAGAUAUCAGUCAAACAGUUAAUGAAGUUAAUCACAGUUCAAGUAAGAAAGUUAAACAGAAUCGAAGUAAUAUUAAGUCCCGAAAUUCAGUGAAGGGAGGACAAUCGUGUCCAGCUUGUGGGAAAGCACAUCAAAGAAAUCAAUGUUAUCAUUACAAGAACAAAACAAAGUGUCGGUUAUGUACAAAGCAAGGUCAUAUUGCUGCAGUUUGUCAAUCAGCAGUGACAGGUAUUCAGCAGAAUUCUAAUUUUAAGGUUCGAAGACAGGAACAAAAUAGAGCAAGAGAUGUAUAUUUUAUGAGUGAUGUUUCAUUUGAGUCAAUUAAUGCGAAUGAAACAACGGAAGUUAAAUCAGUUGAUUCGCAACUUAGUUCAUCUAAAAUUUUCGUUGACCUCAAUAUAAAUAACGAAAUUUUAACAUUUCAAGUAGAUACUGGUGCAACAUGUUCCUUAAUUGGUUUGGCGGCAUAUAAACAACUGGGUAGACCUAGUUGUGGGCCUACGAAUAAAGUUCUGAGAGCGUAUGGAGGAGCUGUUAUUUUUCUUAAGGGUUCUCUCAGAGUAAAUGUCAAGUAUGGAAAAAUUACUCGAAGCCUUGAGAUACUUGUAGUUAACGAUGAAUAUGUUACUAACAUACUGGGAUUGGAUUUGUUUACAGUAUUAAAUUUCAAACUGCAGUUACCUGUUAUUGAAUGUUAUGCAAAUAAUCCUUGUGACAGUCAACAAAGUUUAACCGCAUCUCUACAUGAACUCAGAUGUCAACAUGCUAACAUUUUUUCUUCGAAAUUGGGGCGUUGUACGUUGUUCAAAGCUGAAAUCAGAUUGAAGUCAGAUGCUAAGCCUAAAUUCUUUAAACCAUACAACCUGCCGUUUGCGAAAAGAGAAGACGUUCGCAUCGAAAUUGAUCGGUUGGUAAAUAUUGGAGUUUUGAAAGCUAUCAGAAGCAGCGUCUGGGCCGCUCCUAUAGUUGUAGUGUCAAAGCCAAAUGGAAAAUUACGUAUUUGUGCAGAUUUCAGAAUUGGUGUGAACUCGCAAAUUGAGAUUGACAGUGAAGCGUACUUGCAAGUAGAAUUGUCUGACGCAACAAAAGAAUUUCUAGUCAUUAAUACGCCAUUUGGUUUGUUCCAGUUUCAACGAUUGCCAUUCGGUAUUGCCAGUGCUCCUGGCAUAUUUCAACGUCUUAUGGAAGAAGUAACCGCUGGAAUACCGAACUGUGCAGUUUAUUUAGAUGAUAUAAUCGUAACAGGUCGAAAUAAUAAAGAACAUUUGAAUAAUAUUUUCAAAAUUUUUCAACGUUUGGAAGAAUACGGCUUGACAUGUAAAAGCGAAAAAUGUAGUUUUGCGCAAGAGCAGGUAGAUUAUGUUGGACACGUAAUCAAUGUGAAUGGAUUAAUGCCCACAGGAAAACGUGUAGAGGCAAUCAAAUUAAUGCCGCGUCCUCGUAAUAUUCAAGAAGUUGAAGCUUUCAUUGGAAAAGUUAAUUAUUAUAACAAAUUUAUUAAACAGUUUUCCAUAUUAGCUGCUCCUUUAAAUGAACUAAGGAAAAAGAAUGCUGUGUUUAAAUGGACAGCAUAUCAUGAAGAUGCUUUUCAAGCAUUGAAGAAUGCUAUGAUCAAAGCUACGGAACUCGUUCAUUAUGAUGAUAAGAAGCCUAUAGUGUUAGCAGUAGAUGCAUCUAAGUAUGGAAUCGGCGCAGUAAUUUCACAUCGUUAUGCUGAUGGUUCAGAGAAGCCAAUCGCGUAUGCUUCAAAAAAAUUAAACAGCAGCCAAGAACGCUAUUCUCAAAUCGAAAAAGAGGAAUUAGCAAUAAUUUAUGGAGUGACCAAGUUUCAUCAAUAUCUUUAUGGAAGACGUUUUGAAUUAAUAACUGAUCAUCAAGCGUUGACAACACUGUUUAAUCAGAAUAGAAAGUUGCCAGUGAUGGCGUUGCAUCGUUUACAGCGUUGGGCUAUUGUACUUCAAGCAUAUGAAUACAUUAUACGGUUCAAAAGUUCAUCUCAGAAUGCUAACGCUGAUGCUCUUUCCAGAUUGCCGUGUGGGGAUGACAUACAAUUUGAUAGAAAGGAAGUUGUGAUGUUAGAUGAUGUCGAUACUGUUUAUCAAAAUGCUGUGGAUUAUCUUCCAGUAAAUGCAACAUUAGUAAAGGAUAUGACUGCUAAUGACAACACUCUUCAACGUGUCAGCAGAUAUGUACAAGAUGGCUGGCCUGAACAAUUGCCGAAAUCUGAAGGUAGUAUCAAACCGUACUUUAAUCGCAGAUUUUGCUUAUCAUUUCAGAAUGGAGUGUUACUUCUUCAGGCUGAAUAUACUAGAGUGGUGCUACCGAAAGCACUGCAAUCUCAAGUAUUAAAUUUGUUACACGAGGGUCAUUGGGGUAAAGGUCGUAUGAAACAGAUGGCAAGACGAUAUGUGUGGUUUCCUCUUAUUGAUAAAGCCAUAGAACGUAUUCAUGAUGAUUGUUCAUCUUGUCAACAAGGUGCAAGUCAACCAAAGCGAGAAUUUUCUGCAUGGCCAGAACCUAGUAGGCCGUGGGAAAGAGUUCAUUUGGAUUUCGCGGGUCCAUUCUUUAAACGUAUGUGGCUCAUAGUUGUGGAUGCAUAUUCUAAAUUUCCAUAUAUUGUGGAACUAUCAACAAUAACAGCUGUAACAACAGUUGGAGCUCUACAAAAAAUUUUUUUUAUCGAAGGUCUUCCGUGCACUAUCGUGACAGACAACGGAACACAAUUCACGUCCAAUGAAUUUCAAAAGUUUUGUGAAAUGAACACAAUUCAGCACCUCACGUCUGCUCCUUUUCAUCCGGCUUCGAAUGGGUUAGCGGAAAGACAUGUGAGAACUUUUAAGGAAGCAGUAACAAAAAUUAUGAAAGAGGAACAACAUAUUGACAAAGCGUUGUAUAAAUAUCUUACAACGUAUAGAACUACUCCAAACUUAGCAACUGAUAAAUCGCCAGCAGAGUUGUUACAUGGGCGGCAACCAAGAACCAUUUUAUCGGCGUUGUUCCCGAAAGUUAUGGAGACUAUGAAAACUCAAAAUAGAAGUAAAUUCGGAGAUGGAGAGAAAGUGUUAGCUCGUAAUUAUUCGGGAUCGCAUAAAUGGAUCAGAGGCGUGAUACAGAAAUUGCUGGGAAAUAAAAUGUAUUUUAUUCAAACUGAAAAUGGUAACAUAAAACGACAUCAAAAUCAAAUACGUCGAAAUGUAUCGUCAUCGCAUUCAAAUCAGCUUAGGGCAGAUAAUAUUGAUAUUGAUUUAGAUUUCGGUAUUCGGACACCACCGGUUGAGGAAACAACAAUUACUACUGGAUCCGACCCGGAACAUAGUCAAACAGAGAAAGACGACAAAAUGGGGACCGAUGAAACAAUAAUCACUACUGGAUCUGACUUGAAACAAAAUCAAAGAGAGAAAGACGACAAAGCGGAGUCCGACGACAGAUAUGGGUCCACACACACUGAUCAGUUGCCAGUUCAAUUAAGACG